UUGUUCCCGACUGCAAUGACUGAUUGGACUGCAGACGCGAAUCAGGCACUGUGCCUAUCCCUUGUUCGAGCACAAGCGGACGACCAGGUCGAAGAAACACAAUCCUUUCACCCACGAUUUACAUACCCAAUAUACGGAGACGACGAGAAAAUCUAUGGCUAUAAUGGCCUUACCAUUGAUCUUAGAUUCGCGUCAGGCUCUCUCGCGCCGUUUCUCAACAUAAAAUACGCCAAGAAGCUGGACUCUUCGUCCACCGUUGAUGACGUUGAGGGGACUUUGGCCAAAUUCCUUCCGGAAGACGUCUAUCGCGACGAAAAAUCGUUUUUGGAGCGUGUAGAGGUGGACUCCAUCGCCUUCAAGCCCCCCGGGGAGUUAAUCCGCACUUAUACUCGCUCUGCGCCUCCAUUAGACAGCAAAGGGAAGGGUAUUGCAAUUCUGGAACCAAAUGUUGAGGAAACAGUCGUGUUCGAGGCGUACCACGCAACAUGGGCGUCUCCUGGCUUUCGGGAAUUGCAUCGGAGGAUGCAAUUGUUCAUUCUUCUCUACAUUGAGGCUGGCUCGUACAUUGACGAGGAAGAAGAUACUUGGGAAUUCAUUGUUCUGUACGAGAAGCGCAAGCGGCGAGCGACGCCAGAUGUCAGCACAUAUCAUUUCGUGGGCUACACAUCACUAUAUCCAUUCUUCUGCUUCCCCGACCGUGUUCGUCUGCGACUAAGUCAGUUCGUCAUUUUACCACCUUACCAGCGUAGUGGACACGGCUCUGAGCUAUACAACGCGUUAUAUCAAUACGUCAUGUCUAAACCGAAAAUCGCUGAGCUGACCGUGGAAGAUCCAGCAGAGGCGUUCGAAGACCUGCGCGACAAAAACGAUCUCUUGAUGCUUUUGGGAAACAAACAAUUCAUGGAAGAAGCUAUCGGGGGUGACGCCGUUUCUCAUGGUGGAGGCCGAGUGGGAGGGGUUGGUAAGGGCGGACGCAGUGGUCGUGGGGGUAGCCAGACCAGUGGUGGAAAAGGAAAAUUGGGGCCACCCGUGGACAGAGCCUGGCGAGAAAAAUGGCGAAGCGAUCUAAAAAUGGCCGCGCGUCAAUUCCACCGUCUCAUUGAAAUGUUAAUCCUCCUUCGUUUGGAUCCCACCGACGAAUCAAGUAUUCGCGCCUAUCGUCUGCAAGUCAAGGAACGAUUAUAUCGCUUCAACUUUGAAACGUUGACUGGCAUGGACAAAGAAGAGCGUUUGGAAAAGCUCGAGGAAACCUUUCAAGGGCAGCGCGAGGAUUAUAUGCGGAUAUUGGCCCUGCUGAGUCAUUAA